GUCUGAAGAAUAUAGAAAAACAGGGGUUGAAAGUCCACAACUCGACAACACACGCAUUUGUCGAAUGAUUUCUGUCUACAAAACACACGUAAAACUUUAAACAAUCAGCUAUAAAUUUAUAUAUAAAUAUGCGUGUAUUCAUAUGAAUUAAGUGCUAUUCGAAUAUUAGUUUUACUCAACAGUGUACGUCUGAACAUGAGUAGACAUCACCUAUACCACAUUGUAAUGCUUGCUUACUUUAUAACUGCCAUCUCAGCAUUAAUUCCAAAACCAUACGAAUAUAAUCAAACUUCUACACUGCUAUGCAACAUCGUUGAAACACUUGAAUUUAUUCAUGAGCAUCAUUCUUGUUUCAUUCUAAUGGAGGCAUUGAAACGAUUCACUCAACGUCUUACUCUCAUAUAUACACCAUUACAGCAAUCAGAUGACAUUGUUACAAGUUGUUUUGUCACGUCGUUGUCUAUCCAUAUAGAACAGUUGUGUGAUGAAACGGAAAACAAACUUUGGCCAUCUGACAUGAUGGAUGAGUCAUACAUGGUGAACAUAACUGAUGGGGUUAUAGAAAUAUCAUCACAAGAGAUAUGGGGAACACUACAUGCUCUAGAGACGAUUCUUCAACUCGUCUACAGAAGUGAAUUAGAUUCGAAGGUGAUUUAUCAAGGUGUUGUCAAUGAUGUGCCGAUAUUUACACAUCGUGGAAUUAUGAUCGACACUGCUAGACAUUUUCUGAGUAUUUCUGAAAUCGUGAAGAUGAUA